CCGAAUGUCACGCUCAAACGUAUAUCUUAACGGAAUUAAUUAAUUAAUUAACUUAUAUAAAUUAAUAGGAAUUUAUGAUUAUUGAUUACUCAAAUCUCUAAAAAGAUCCACAAAUCAAUACUCUUCUAAUUCCUCACAAACACUAUCCCAAAUACCUAACUAAUCUGCCGAUUUUGGUUUUCUUGAUAAUCAUAUCAAAAUCUUCAAAAGAGUUUUGCUGUGAGAGAGACUCUUGAUGAGGAACGCUUUUUAAUACAUAACGCUUUUACUUUUCUCUGCUCUUUGAUAAGUCUAUUUUUUCUGCAUUCAUUGAUUCCCACACUCUGUGUGUGUGUAUAUAUAUAUACGUGUGAAUGUGUGCCUGUAUCUAUCAAGAAUCUGGCUGUGAAUCUUCUUGAAUUCAUACUUUGGAGUCAACUCUAACUCAUUUCAGCCAAAACCCAAAAGUGAGGAUCAACCAUGGAUAAGGAUUCAGUUGUUGCUCCCUCAAGUCCCACUAAGCUUGAGGGAAAGUUUAAGGCAAUUCUUGUUUGUUGGUUUCUCGGACUUGGAUCUCUUGUCUCAUGGAAUAGUAUGCUCACAAUCGCAGAUUAUUACUAUAACUUGUUCCCGGAGUACCAUCCUGCUAGGGUACUUACCCUUGUUUAUCAACCAUUUGCACUUGGAACAAUGUUAGUACUCGCCUAUCGCGAGGCAAAUAUCGAUACAAGGAAGCGAAACAUUUUCGGUUAUACCCUUUUCUGCAUAAGCACGUUUGCACUUCUACUAAUAGAUCUAUGCACCUCGGGGAAGGGCGGGCUCGGUAAUUUUCUUGCUAUUUGUGUUUUCGUCGGUGCUUUUGGAGUUGCGGAUGCCCAUGUUCAAGGUGGAUUAGUCGGAGAUUUAUCUCACAUGUGCCCCGAAUUUAUCCAGUCAUUCUUUGCUGGUAUGGCUGCUUCGGGAGUUCUAACUUCUGGCCUGAGGCUUGUUACUAAAGCAGCUUUCGAUAAAACUAAUCACGGGCUUCGUAAAGGAGUCAUAUUGUUUCUGGCUAUAUCGACAUUCUUUGAAUUUCUAUGUAUAUUCCUAUACGCAUACGUAUUCGGGAAACUACCUAUUGUGAAGCACUUUCGUAAGAAGGCAUCUUCGGAAGGUUCUAAAACAGUUUCAGCCGAUCUUGCUGCCGCCGGAAUCGAAACCUCAGACAAUCAAACGGUCAAUGAUGUUAAAUUCAUCCGGUUAAGCACAAAGAAGUUGUUAAAGCAAAACAUUGACUAUGCAUUGGACCUUUACUUGAUAUACGUACUCACACUCUCGAUUUUUCCGGGUUUCUUAUACGAAAAUACGGGCAACCACCAACUCGGAUCUUGGUAUGCGGUUGUGCUAAUAGCAAUGUACAAUGUGGGGGAUCUUAUAGGGAGAUAUAUUCCUCUAAUCGAUUUUAUUAGAUUGGAAUCAAGAAAGGGUCUCGUAAUUGCAGUUUUGUCCCGUUUUUUGAUGAUUCCUUGUUUUUAUUUUACGGCUAAAUACGGCGAUCAAGGUUAUAUGAUUUUUCUCGUUACGUUUUUGGGGAUAACAAACGGUUAUCUCACUGUUUGUGUACUCACCGUUGCUCCAAGAGGGUACAAGGCACCGGAGCAGAAUGCGUUGGGUAAUGUGCUAGUAGUGUUUCUUCUCGGUGGUAUAUUUUCGGGUGUCGCUCUCGAUUGGCUGUGGCUCAUUGGCCAUGAGUCGUUUUAAGAAACGGGGUUUUUGUUUUUAGGGUUCUUGAUUUUACAGUCUUUUUUAUUUUUUAAAUACAUUUUGGGUAAAUUUUAAUUUAUUUGUAUAUAUAAUGAAACAGUUAAUUUGUCCUUCCAAGUGGUGGAUAAUUAUGUUUUAUAUUUGGUAAUGCUGAUUUUUAUUUCUCCUUGAUAAAUCGAAUUGAGUUUGUCGAACCGUUA